AUGGCCAGCGGCCCCGUCGUCACGCCCCUCCUGGUGCCCAAGACCUCCCCCGCCGCCUCAGCCAUGCUGGGCGGCGGCAGCGGCGGAGGCGGCGGCAUGGGGACGAGUUCAGGGCAAGGGGGUCCGCGGAGUAACGGAAGCCUGGCGGGCAGCCAACACGGCGGCGGCGGGGCAGACGCGUCGUCACCGCGGCCUGACGGCGGCGGAACUGGUUCCGGAGCCAACAGGGUUUGGUCGGGGCGGCGGCCCGGCAGUGGUGUCGUCACGGGGUUGCAUGUGGGCAUGUCGGUAGGGUCAAACGGCGGCGGCGGCGGUGGUGGCGGUGGUGCAGCAGCAGCAGCAGAGGAGCAGCAGCAAUUCGCAGCGCUGCCUGCCUGCCUGUCGUACAUCACGAUCCCAGCGCUCUUUGCACGCCUGUGGCCCGGGGCUCAUGCCGGUACGGGGCCACUCCGCAGCCACUCCGCAGCCGCUCCGCAGCCACUCUAUCCGGGGAUGGCGCUGCAGUGUAAACACCACGAAGGGCUCUCAGGUCCAGGUCAGGCUCUCAGGCCAAUUCGAUACCCUGUCAGGCUAAUUCAAUACCCUGUUAGGCCAAUUCGGCACCCGGACAGGCCAACUUAG